UCUGGCUGCAGCCAACAUAUGCCUAAGGAUCUAUUUCCAAAGAGCCAGCAGCCCACUGGAUAUAUAUACUGGAGCAGUAUUUGUGCUGUGCUUUUCCUAUUGUUGUUUUUCUCUCCUUAAACAAAGAGGAGAAAAGGUGUUGGGUAUUGUACAGGGAUCUAGAGAUGCGUUCUAUAAGAAAGAGGUGGACUAUCUGCACAAUAAGCAUCCUUCUGAUCUUUUAUAAAACCAAAGAGAUUGCAAGGACAGAGGAACACCAGGAUUCUCAACUCACUGGUGAAGGCGAGCUUACUCUGAGUAGACUGAUGGUAAACAACACAGAUAAAAUCCUUCGAAAGGAAGGAGCAGCGAUCUUUCAUCAUGCUGGAGAGGGCUGGAAAAUCAAUUCUUCAUUGGCUUUGUUGAUAAGGAAGGACAUUCUACGAUUUUUGGAUGCCGAAAGAGAUGUGUCUGUGGUUAAAAGCAGUUUUAAACCUGGGGAUGUAAUUCAUUACGUUCUGGACAGACGUCGUACCCUAAAUAUUUCACAGAACUUACACAGCCUUUUGCCUGAAGUCUCUCCAAUGAAAAGCCGUCGCUUUAAGACAUGUGCAGUCGUGGGGAAUUCAGGAAUCCUUCUUAACAGUGGAUGUGGAAAAGAGAUUGACGACCAUGACUUUGUCAUAAGGUGUAACCUAGCUCCUGUAGUUGAGUUUGCUGAGGACGUUGGAACUAAAUCUGAUUUUAUUACCAUGAAUCCAUCAGUAGUACAAAGAGCAUUUGGAGGGUUUCGUAAUGAGAGUGACAGAUGGAAAUUUGUCCAUAGACUAUCAAUUCUCAAUGACAGUGUUCUUUGGAUUCCAGCUUUCAUGGUAAAAGGUGGAGAAAAACAUGUGGAAUGGGUUAAUGCAUUAAUUCUUAAGAAUAAACUGAAAGUGAGAACUGCCUAUCCAUCACUGAGACUCAUUCAUGCUGUCAGAGGGUACUGGUUAACAAACAAAGUUCAUAUCAAAAGACCGAGUACAGGACUACUGAUGUAUACCUUAGCUACAAGAUUUUGCGAUGAAAUUCAUCUGUAUGGAUUUUGGCCAUUCCCCAAGGAUUUAAAUGGAGACCAAGUGAAAUAUCAUUACUAUGAUGAGCUAAAAUAUAAAUAUUUUUCAAAUGCAGGCCCACACCGAAUGCCAUUAGAAUUCAAAACAUUGAAUUUACUACAUAACAAAGGAGCACUUAAACUGACAACUGGAAAAUGUGUACAGCAAUAAAAAAUAUACUGUAAUGAAUGAGAGUAAGCCAUCUCUCUUGAGCUAUCUUUAGAGUUUUGGAGCUGUGCUCUUUCUUUUUUUUUUUUUUUUUUAAAGGAUAAUGUCUUUGAAACUGAAAAGUAUUAAAGCUGGAUUCUGCUACUGGAUAACUUUAGUUGAUAGGUGCUAGAGAACCUGUACUGGGGAACAAGUACCACUUUGGUAAUAUGAAUCCUGAAUGUUUAACCAGUGUUUACAAGACAUAUACGAAAAUUCAGUCACAAUGCGCAUAAGGGAAAUGGAUCAGAUGUUGGAUUUGUUGGCGGCAGUGAAGAUCAGAAAUAGCGAAAAAUGAAAUAAAUGGUGGUUUUAUAAAGUGUGACGAGCACUCCAGUUUUAUAAACAAUUGUAUUAUGAGUUAAUUGAAUGUUUUCGAUCUCAUGAGUUUGGUUGUCCUUGUAAUAUAACUUUGUAAUUUUAUAGGAUCUUUUUUAUAGGUUAGGAGCGUAAAUAAUUAUUAGUUGCGUUUAAGUAAUCUACAGAGGCUUUAUAGCAUGGCUUUGAGAUGACCUGAUAAUUGACAAAAUGUUUUUACGUAUUAGAUGUAGCUGCCUAAAGAAAAGAGUGAAUAUAUAAAUAUAUAUAUAUAUAUAUAUAUGUAUAUAUACUGUAAAUAUAUAUAUACUGUAUGUAUAUAUAUAUAUAUAUAUAUAUAUAUAUAUAUAUAUAUAUAUAUACAUAUAUAUAUAUAAACUCAAAGCCAUGCUUAGUAUACUGUCACGAUUGGCUGAAUUCGUAAACAGCCAUGUGGCUUUUGAGGAGAGGAAAAUUAAGUUGAUCUGUAUGAUUUCGGAAGGUUUUGUUAAUAAAAAAGGUGCCCUUACUUUUGGUACCAAAGAUUUGAGUGAUUUUGUAUACAUUUUUGUUUUAUUUAUUUUUUUUAUACAGAAAUCAAUAAAGAAAAAAAAGCAAAUGUGCAUUUAGUACUACAAUGCAAUGCUGCUGAAAUCUUAAA